GGUGCCUCUGCAACCAGGAAGCCCUUCCAACGCCUCUGAGCCUGCCCUUCCCGUGCGCUAGAAGGGCGCGCGUUGCUUUCCGGCUUUCCGGACGCUUCGGAGGCAAGAUGGCGUCGAGUAGUGGGGCUAAAAACCUAGACUUCCGCCGAAAGUGGGACAAAGAUGAAUAUGAGAAGCUUGCAGAGAAACGACUUACAGAGGAAAGAGAGAAGAAAGAUGGCAAACCAGUACAACCUAUCAAGCGUGAGCUUCUGCGGCAUCGAGAUUACAAAGUGGAUCUGGAAUCCAAAUUGGGAAAAACCAUUGUUAUUACCAAAACUACUCCUCAAUCUGAGAUGGGAGGGUAUUAUUGUAAUGUCUGUGACUGUGUAGUGAAAGAUUCCAUCAACUUCCUUGAUCAUAUCAAUGGCAAAAAACAUCAGAGGAACCUUGGUAUGUCCAUGAGAGUAGAGCGUUCUACUCUGGAUCAAGUGAAGAAACGCUUUGAAGUGAACAAGAAAAAAAUGGAGGAGAAACAGAAGGAUUAUGACUUUGAGGAGAGGAUGAAGGAGCUCAGAGAAGAGGAAGAAAAGGCCAAAGCCUACAAAAAGGAAAAACAGAGGGAGAAGAAAAGGAGGGCAGAGGAAGACUUGACAUUUGAAGAGGAUGAUGAAAUGGCAGCUGUAAUGGGUUUCUCUGGUUUUGGCUCAACCAAGAAAAGCCACUGAUGAGCCACAAACUGUCUUCUGGAUGGCUACUGUUUCUGUCCUGCUGGUGCUUCAAAAUCCUAGGAAGACUUUUGCAAAGAAUUUGUAUCUAAAUAUUCUGUUGGAAGUUGGGAAACAAUUCCACACUUCCUGUGUGGGGCUGAUUCUGCCCUGCCAUCAGUAGAAUCUUCCUGUCUGAAAAGGUAGCACCACAUUUGCCUGUGUGUUGGUAACUCUGAAUCUCAAAUAAGAAACUAGUAUCUCCCCUCCCCUGGUCCCUUGACAAUAUUUAGGGAUGCAUCUUUUUUCCAGAUCUGCUUGAAUGCACAUACACUCUCACACAGAAUUCUGUGAAGAUUAUGGAGUGAUUUUUUAAGAACUCCAUUCCUCUUGGCCUUGUCUGCAGCUUCCUGUUUUCUGGUGCAAGUUCUGCUUGCUUCUUACUUUAUAUUGUACUGCUCUGUGUGCAUGAGAGAUGUGCUACUGGGUAUAUUUUUUUUCUUUUAAUAAACUCAUAAAAAUCUAGUGCAAUGGGGUUUUUUAAACUGUUUUAUAAAGUGUUUAUAUAUGGGGUGGGGCGGGGUUUGGUAUGCUUAUCUAUGCUAUUAUUUUUCAGGACCCACAGGAGAUUAUUAUAACCUGUAUAACUGAGCAAGGGUGUAUUGUCUACACCCUUAGCUUGCUGAAUUUUUUAAAGAAUAUCUCCAGCUGGUAACUUAGGAGGAUCAAGGUUUCUCCUUGAUCCCCUUUCAUUGAUAUAGAUAGUAAAUAAAUGAAUAUAUGAGACUUUGGUAGGAUUAGGCUAAUGUGAAAAAAAUAACAUUUUCUGAAAAAGCAAUAAAUUGUGGUGCUCUGCUCUAAAAAUAGAGAAUUUUUCUCAUCAGGAGAAGAUGACCCCAGUGGGAAUGCCUGUAUCUUUAAAAAAAAAUGAAAUCUCCAGUUUAAAGGUUUUCCAAGGUUAGAACAGUAAAUUGCCCUUUGGGUUUAAUGCAAGUACUGAGAAGGAAUCCCAGAUGAGUCUCUUUUCCAUUAAACUAGAAUGAUCCUUGCCAGUAUCUUGCCACUGGCCAUAUUGAAUAGAUAUCUCUGAGUUUUAUCAGAACGGAUGGGGGUUUGAUAGAGAAGAAGGGGCUUUCUUGCCAUCUUGAUUCAGACUGGAGAAAUGUUAUCAGUGCUGCUCUAGCUGCUGUUUAUGCCCCAUGUCAUUUUCAUUGCUUUCUUAAUUUUAGUUCAGCCAACCCCACUGUGACUCAUUCAUUGGUUUAGGAGGAUUUAUAUCUAGCAUGACUGAUUUUCAUAGUCUCUCCCUUAUAGUGAUGGGAUCAUUGUUCUUGCCUUUCUCCUCACUUUAAUUAAAUCUUACGUUCUUUCAUAUACAGGUAGAAUAAAUCCUAUGAUGCUU